UCCAGCCGGGUGGCUCCACGUCAGGCGGGUCCAAGGACUGGCCGGCAGGUACAUGCUGGCUCCCGCAGAACUGGGCAGACUCCCAAUCCUGCAAUCCGCAUUCCAGGCCUCCCGUUAGCCCCCCUCCCAGGAGCGGCUCAAAACGCGGAGCGGCGGAGUCUGCGGAGCGGGAUACAAAGCGCGGCCGCCGGCCCGGAGCAUGCGCAGUAGGCCAGCCCAGCCGGGCCGCGCUCGGCGCUGGGGGAGGGUCAUCCGAGGCUGACGUCCGCUACGCCGGCGUCAGCGCCCCGUGAAGAGGAGGGCGAAGACUCCAUCCGCCAUGUUGGAUGCCGCAGAUUCGCCAUAACCUCGCCGGCUCUUUUCUUAAAAAAAUAAAAAUAAAAAGCGAAGCAUCAGCGGGGCGCCCCGCCUUCUCGGUCGGCGCGGGAGGGGGCCCGGAAGAGCCCGAGGCUUUUUUUUCCUCCGCGGUGUGGGCGUUGCCAUGGAGACGCAGGCGGCAGAGAACACAGCCAUCUUCAUGUGUAAAUGUUGCAACCUUUUCUCACCAAAUCAGUCAGAACUCCUGUCCCACGUUUCUGAGAAGCACACAGAAGAAGGGGUUAAUGUUGAUGAGAUCAUCAUCCCCCUUAGGCCUCUGAGUACUCCUGAACCCACCAACCCAAGCAAAACCAACGAUGAGUUUUCGGUCAUGAAGAGGAAGAGAGGCAGGCCUAAGGGGUCCACGAAGAAGCCCAGCGCUGAGGAGGAGCUGGCGGAAAACAUGGUCAGUCCGAGCGAGGACAGCCCGCCGGCCCACGAGGAAGGGAGCAGCCUGGCUCCCAGCAGCCUGGAGUGCAGCAAAUGCUGCAGGAGGUUCUCCAACACGCGCCAGCUCAGGAAGCACAUCUGCAUCAUCGUGCUGAAUCUGGGCGAGGAGGAGGGGGAGGCAGGUAACGAAUCUGACCUUGAACUGGAAAAGAAGUAUAAGGAGGAUGACCGAGAAAAGGCCCCGAAGAGACCGCGGACACAGAGAACAGAGAAGGUCCAGAAGAUCUCCUCGGGAAAGGAGACGGGGCAGACUGCCGGAGCGAAGAAGCCCAUCAUAAGUGUGGUUUUAACUGCACAUGAAGCUAUUCCAGGUGCUACUAAGAUUGUUCCAGUGGAGGCUGGGCCCCCGGAAACAGGAGGCGCAAACCCCGAGACCACCGCGGCUGACUUGGCGCCUCGGAGAGGGUACCAGGAGUACGCCAUUCAGCAGACACCGUACGAGCAACCCAUGAAGUCAAGCAGGCUAGGUCCCACCCAGCUCAAGAUCUUCACUUGUGAGUACUGCAACAAGGUCUUCAAGUUUAAGCACUCGCUGCAGGCCCACCUGCGGAUCCACACCAACGAGAAGCCGUACAAGUGCUCCCAGUGCAGCUACGCCAGCGCCAUCAAGGCCAACCUCAACGUGCACCUGCGCAAGCACACUGGCGAGAAGUUCGCCUGCGACUACUGCUCCUUCACCUGCCUGAGCAAAGGCCACCUCAAGGUGCACAUCGAGCGGGUGCACAAGAAGAUCAAGCAGCACUGCCGCUUCUGCAAGAAGAAGUACUCCGACGUCAAGAACCUCAUCAAGCACAUCCGCGACGUGCACGACCCGCAGGACAAGAAGGUCAAGGAGGCCCUGGACGAGCUCUGUCUGAUGACGAGGGAGGGCAAGCGGCAGCUGCUCUACGACUGCCAUAUCUGCGAGCGCAAGUUCAAGAACGAGCUGGACCGCGACCGCCACAUGCUGGUGCACGGUGACAAGUGGCCCUUUGCCUGCGAGCUCUGUGGCCACGGGGCCACCAAGUACCAGGCGCUGGAGCUGCACGUCAGGAAGCACCCCUUCGUGUACGUCUGCGCCAUAUGCCUCAAGAAGUUUGUCAGCUCCAUCAGGCUGCGCUCCCACAUCAAAGAGGCGCACGGGGCUGCCCAGGAGACCUUGGUCUUCACCAGCUCCAUCAACCAGAGCUUCUGUCUCCUGGAGCCCGGGGGGGACAUCCAGCAGGAAGCACUGGGGGGCCAGCUGCAGCUGGCGGAGGAGGAGUUUGUGUUCCAGGGGGUGAAUGCACCCAAGGAGGCGGCCUGCCCUGGGGAUGCUCAGCCUGAGGAGGCGCGGAAGGAACCGGAGGCCCCUGUGGAGGUGCCUGCCCCACCUGUGCACUUAGCCACGCCCCCGGCGGGAAGUGCUGCCCUGCCGCCCUGUGAGCUGGAAGCCACUGUGGUCUCCUCGGACCUUCAUCCACACGCGGUAGUUUCGGAUGAGUUUUUGUUGAAAAACGAUACCUCCUCUGCUGAGGCUCACACUGCCCCUGAGAAGACCUUGGAUGCCCAGCACGGGGGCUCUGCCCAGGCUCAGGGUGAAGAAGUCACGCUACUGUUGUCCAAGGCCAAAAGCACUGAAGCAAACCUGGAGACCCAGGGCGCCAGGAGCCCUCCAGGUGAAGGUCAGAAGAUGGCUGCCCUCCCAUCCGAUGGACCAGAUCCCAGUCGGUGUCUCAGGUCAAACCCAGCUGAGGCCUCAGACCUCCCUCCAGGAGCCGGUGGGAGGGACAUGGCCCUGUGCCAGCCUGCCUCGUGCCCGCCUGCCUCCGAGCACCGGGCUGGCAUCACUGCGUUCAUGAAGAUCCUGGACAGUUUACAGAAGAGGCGAAUGAACACUGGCUUGUGUGAGAGGAUCCGGAAGGUGUACGGAGACCUGGAGUGUGAAUACUGUGGCAAACUUUUUUGGUACCAAGUGCAUUUUGAUAUGCAUGUCCGCACCCACACCCGGGAACAUCUGUAUUAUUGCUCCCAGUGUCAUUAUUCUUCCAUCACCAAAAACUGCCUUAAACGCCAUGUAAUUCAGAAACACAGUAACAUCUUGCUGAAGUGUCCCACUGACGGCUGUGACUACUCGACUCCAGAUAAAUAUAAGCUGCAGGCACAUCUUAAAGUUCACGCAGAGCUGGACAAAAGGAGUUAUUCUUGUCCUGUGUGUGAAAAGUCUUUUUCAGAAGAUCGAUUGAUAAAGUCACAUAUCAAGACCAACCAUCCCGAGGUCUCCAUGAGCACCAUUUCUGAGGUUCUGGGGAGGAGGGUUCAGCUGAAAGGGCUGAUCGGGAAGAGAGCCAUGAAGUGCCCGUAUUGUGAUUUCUAUUUCAUGAAGAAUGGCUCGGACCUUCAGCGUCAUAUUUGGGCUCAUGAAGGUGUGAAACCCUUCAAAUGUUCUUUGUGUGAAUAUGCAACUCGUAGCAAGAGCAACCUCAAGGCUCACAUGAAUCGUCAUAGCACUGAGAAAACCCACCUAUGUGACAUGUGUGGCAAGAAAUUCAAAUCAAAAGGGACGUUGAAAAGUCACAAGCUCCUUCACACUGCUGAUGGGAAGCAGUUUAAGUGCACGGUAUGUGACUACACGGCGGCCCAGAAGCCACAGCUGCUGCGGCACAUGGAGCAGCACGCCUCCUUCAAGCCUUUCCGCUGCGCCCAUUGCCAUUACUCGUGUAACAUAUCUGGCUCUCUGAAGCGACACUACAACAGGAAGCACCCCAAUGAGGAAUACGCCAACGUGGGCACCGGGGAGCUAGCGGCCGACGCGCUCAUCCAGCAAGGUGGUUUGAAGUGUCCUGUCUGCAGCUUUGUGUAUGGCACCAAAUGGGAGUUCAACAGGCACUUGAAGAACAAGCAUGGCCUGAAGUUGGUGGAAAACGAAGGUGAUCCCAAGUGGGAGCCAGCAACAGAAGCUCCUGAGGAGCCCUCCACCCAGUAUCUGCACAUCACAGAAGCUGAAGAGGAUGUUCAGGGGACACAGGCAGCCGUGGCCGCGCUCCAGGACCUGAGAUACACCUCUGAGAGUGGUGAGCGACUUGACCCCACAGCUGUAAACAUCCUCCAGCAGAUCAUCGAGCUGGGCACCGAGACCCACGACGCCACUGCCGUUGCCUCGGUGGUUGCCAUGGCACCAGGGACGGUGACUGUUGUGAAACAGGUCACCGACGAGGAGCCCAGCUCCAACCAUACAGUCAUGAUCCAGGAGACCCUCCAGCAGGCCUCUGUGGAGCUGGCCGAGCAGCAUCACCUGGUGGUAUCCUCCGACGAGGUGGAGGGCAUCGAGACAGUGACAGUCUACACGCAAGGCGGAGAGGCCUCGGAGUUCAUCGUGUACGUGCAGGAGGCCAUGCAGCCCGUGGAGGAGCAGGCCGUGGGGCAGCCGGCCCAGGAGCUCUAGAGGACACUCAGCGUCGGACGGACCCCAUAGGGCAGGGCUGCCAGGCUCUGCGGGACACCCAGGACACUUGGGGUGCCCAGGGCGGGGAAGCCACAGAAGGGCACUCUGCCUGGCGCUCUCCUCUGCGCUCCCUGCCCUGGCCGCCAGAUGGGGCUCUCCUUGUCCUACUUUGGGUAGGCAAGGUGAUCAGCAUCACCAGCAAUACAGGACCCCUCCCUCAGUACAGACACAUACCCCCUUACCCUGUAUCCUCUGCUUCUGGAAGGACUUUUGCAUCAGUUCCCCAAACACGGGCCAUACCACAUUGCCCCUUUGCUUCAAGAUUCAGAGACCCCCAGUCCCCAUCAGCAUCUUCCCUGAAUCACAUCCCCAUCUCCUUGGUCCCCAUCUAGGUGCCGAAUCUUCAUCUGGGACCGCUGCAGCCUGGUGAAAGGGAGACAGCCAUCACAGAGAAAGGGACCUUGUGGUUUUUGAGUCACCUCUCUGGGGAAAGAGGGAAGGGGGCCUGGCUUUGUCUACAAAGUUCUACCCUCCUCAGGUAUUGAGGGUGCAUGUUAUCGCGUGAAGUAACCACGAUUUGAUGACCCUCCCACUCCCAUCACAGGUGGGGUCUCAGCUUACAGUCUUGGAAUUCUUUUGCUUUCAAAAAAAAUGCACUUUUUCCUCUUCACCCCCCAUUCUAAGGAGGUGAGGUGGAUGGAAUAAAGACAGUCUCGGCCUGA